AUGACGUCGCUGCCCCGAACGCCCUUUGCCCCGCUGUCUGCGGGGCGGCCUCCGCCCGGAAACGACGCAUCUGUCGCGGCCAAGAUGGAGCCGAUCCGCUUCAAGUCGCCCAAGGAUCUGAAGGAGCAUAGCCGCGUGCACACCGGGGAACGCCCCUACACAUGCAGCGACUGCGGCAAGGGCUUCACCAAGUCUAGUAACCUGCUGGUGCACCAGCACACCCACACCAGCGAGCGCCCCAACACAUGUGCCCAGUGCGGCAAGGACUUCACCCAAUCCGGCAACCUGGUGCUGCAUCAGCGCACCCAUACCGGCGAGCACCCCUUCACCUGCGCACAGUGCGGCAAAGGCUUCACCCACUCCAGCAACUUGCUGAGGCACAAGCGCACCCACACCGGGGAGCGCCCCUUCACCUGCGCCCAGUGCGGCAAGGGCUUCACCCACUCCAGCAACUUGCUGAGGCACCAGCGCACCCACACCGGGGAGCGCCCCUUCACUUGCGCCCAGUGCGGCAAGGGCUUCACCCGCUCAGACCGCCUGCUGGAUCACCAGCGCACCCACACUGGCGAGCGUCCCUUCACCUGCGCCCAGUGCGGCAAGAGCUUCACCCAGUCCAGGAGCCUGCAGCAGCACCAGCGCACCCACACCAGCGAGCGCCCCUACACCUGCGCCCAGUGCGGCAAGGGCUUCACCCGCUCCACCUAUCUGAUGUCCCACCAGCGGGUGCACGCCGGC